AUGGAUAUAGCAACAGGUCCCGAGUCGCUGGAGAGGUGCUUCCCUCGCGGGCAGACGGACUGCGCCAAGAUGUUGGACGGCAUCAAGAUGGAGGAGCACGCCCUGCGCCCCGGACCGGCCACCCUGGGGGUGCUGCUGGGCUCCGACUGCCCGCAUCCCGCUGUUUGCGAGGGCUGCCAGCGGCCCAUCUCCGACCGCUUCCUGAUGCGAGUCAACGAGUCGUCCUGGCACGAGGAGUGUUUGCAGUGCGCGGCAUGUCAGCAAGCCCUCACCACCAGCUGCUACUUCCGGGAUCGGAAACUAUACUGCAAACAAGACUACCAACAGCUCUUCGCGGCAAAAUGCAGCGGCUGCAUGGAGAAGAUUGCACCUACUGAAUUCGUGAUGCGGGCGCUCGAGUGCGUGUACCACCUGGGCUGCUUCUGCUGCUGUGUGUGCGAGAGGCAGCUGCGCAAGGGUGAUGAAUUCGUGCUCAAGGAGGGCCAGCUGCUGUGCAAGGGUGACUAUGAGAAGGAGAAGGAUCUUCUCAGCUCCGUGAGCCCUGACGAGUCAGACUCUGUGAAGAGCGAGGACGAAGAUGGAGACAUGAAGCCGGCAAAGGGGCAGGGCAGCCAGAGUAAGGGCAGUGGAGACGACGGGAAGGACCCGAGAAGGCCCAAAAGGCCCCGGACCAUCCUCACCACGCAGCAGCGGAGAGCCUUCAAGGCUUCUUUUGAGGUCUCCUCCAAGCCCUGUCGGAAGGUCCGAGAGACGCUGGCAGCAGAGACAGGCCUCAGCGUGCGUGUGGUCCAGGUCUGGUUUCAGAACCAAAGAGCAAAGAUGAAGAAGCUGGCCCGGCGGCACCAGCAACAGCAGGAACAGCAGAACUCCCAGCGGCUGGGCCAAGAGGUCCUGUCGAGUCGCAUGGAGGGCAUGAUGGCCUCCUACACGCCGCUGGCACCCCCGCAGCAACAGAUCGUGGCCAUGGAACAGAGCCCCUACGGAAGCAGCGACCCCUUCCAGCAGGGCCUCACGCCGCCCCAAAUGCCAGGUGACCACAUGAACCCGUAUGGGAACGACUCCAUCUUCCACGACAUCGAUAGCGAUACCUCCCUCACCAGCCUCAGCGACUGCUUCCUCGGUUCCUCUGACGUGGGCUCCCUGCAGGCCCGCGUGGGGAACCCCAUCGACCGGCUCUAUUCCAUGCAGAGCUCCUACUUUGCCUCCUGA